AAUCUGUUUGCUGGACAAGAUAGUUCAGGGUCUUUCUUUAUUUCUGGAGAUUGUAUGUCGAAAUUGGAAAAUGGUCGUGUACUUGUUUCACUUUAGCUACUGAUCUGAAACAAGAAUAAUGAUUAAUAAUCUAUGUUUUUUUACCUUUUUAGUCACCAAUUUCCUGCACGUAGUAGUUUUGACCAUUUUUUAGCUCUUAUAAUGCCUUUACUCAUAACAUUUUUAUAGAAACAAUCUUUAUGCAUAACUGAUUCUUGGUAUAAUGGUAUGCUUAACUGGUCCUUGGCUGGCAGAUCUUCAGCAGAAGUGGAUACAUCACAUCAUGGUGCUACAUCUCAAGGAAAUGAAUAUUUACAAUCAGAACACCAGAGAAAGAGGGGACGCUUGGAUUCAUGCAGUAAAUCGGGAAGCAAAGCUUGCCGUGAGAAAGUUAGAAGACAAAAUUUGAAUGAUAGAUUUGCAGAGCUUUGCUCUGUUCUCGAACCAGAAAGACCUGUAAAAACAGACAAAGUGGCAAUACUUGGGGAUGCCGUUUAAGUUAUAAGGCAGUUAAAGACUGAUUCUCAAGAGUAUUCAGAAGUGAACGAGAAGCUUUUGGAAGAGAUUAAAACUUUAAAGGUUUGAUUUGCUAUUCAAUGUGCAAUUUGUUUUUGUUUAAAUUUGAGUUCCUCUAAGAAAAGAUUUUCUCUGAACAAAACCUACAAAACUGAUUGAGGUGAAUUUAAAGCCAAAUAAAGAAACUUUCUUGCUCGAGGGAUGAGCUGACUGAGUCACUAUUGGGAGAGAUUGGGUUUAUAUUCCGGUGGAGUCAUUAAUUUGUAUGAGAGUUAGUAAUACGUCCGUCCCAAAAAAGAAUCAUGUUUGAGCAAGAGUUUUUAGUCAUUCAUGCUGCGAGCUUUAUACAAUACAAGAUUUUUUAUAUCCAACUUUUAUCCAAUUUGAGUUUUUUUUUGCAACUUCAUAAAUUUAAUGUAGUUUUUAAACAUGUAAAUUUUAUUUACUAAAAAUAAUCUUAUUAUUGACAUGGGUCAGUUAACUUUAUGUCUAGCAAACUUCAUAAACCCAAGCAGACACCUUUACCUGGCAAUCCGGGAUGGAGGGAACCGGCAGAUUAUUAUAAUGAUAAUAGAAUUAUACGAGUAUUAAAUAAUUGGUAUAAAGUAUGAGAAGGUACCGGGCUAGGUACUAGUUAGCUUUGGGCUGGCUCAUAAGAGAGAUUAUAAACAGUUGGGACUAGGACUUUAGAGUGCUGAGACUACUCGAAGUGUCUCAAUUGUAUCUUUCUCUUUCGUCCUUAUUGUGCUAACUCUUUCGUUGAUUUCUAAUCCCUUGAGCCCAUAAGGAAUCUGAGCUUUACUCAGCAACUCGUAAUGCUUCUUCCAAAUAUGAGCUCAUCAAGACAACCUUGGAAAUCAAUACGUUCACGAGUAUUUUGGCAUGUGGUAGUGCUUGUGUUGGAAAUCCACCAAUUAUCCCCAGCUUCUACAGAGGCUGAACUUGCUAAAUGUCUCAAUGCCUGAAAGGGUAGAAUGCAGAGUAACUUGAAGAGGUCUGGCAGGUGAUUUAAACACAGCGAGGAAAUAUGGAAAACCAAUACUAGUUGAGGGAAUGCAUUUAAUCCUAGUCUAUAUAUGAAAAAUGAAGAAAACCAAUCACCAUCAGUUACACCAUCCAAGGAGGGUGGAUCAAAGUCUGAGAAAAUGGUUGACAAAAGUGAAAUUCAAAACCACAAUCAUUCCUCUGCUGGGCUAGAUAUUUUGAGCUAUGAUCAAGGUUAUAAUUCUUAAUAUAUGAAAGGAGAUAAAAACGUUGUUGCUGAAAAGAUACUGCACCAUUUUUAAGGCGUCAUCCUAGCUCAACCAAGGAGUUGUUUGAAUCCCUUCUCCGAACUACUGCAGUUGUAGGUAAUGCUUUGGAUGUAACUUCAUCAAAAACAUUAACUGAUUCUCUUGAUCGUGCUUGUGGUGUUGAUCCUUACUUCAAUGGUAUGAAGCGACUUAUCCCAAUCAGAGGCACGGGACAGGCAGUUUAUUUUGGUGGCAGAGAUCUUAGUCGCCACAAGUUUGGUCAUUAUGGUCCUAUAGAUGAUUUAUUGCUGAUCGUGGUUCUGGAGACACUAGGUGAAACUGAAGGUUCUCUCUAUGAAGAUGAUGGAGAUGGAAAUGAGUAUACCAAUGGUGGAUACCUGUUGACAAACUACACUGCUGAAAUUUUUCCUUCAGUUGCUACCUUGAUGGUGGCCAAUACUGAAGGAUUGUGGAAAAGGUCAAACCACUGCUUGCUUGUGAAACUAUUGCUUGGUAAAGGUGCUAUGCUUGAGUCAUUUGUUACUGAUGGAGAGACCAUGCAAAUAGCAAUGCCAUCACAGAUUCAAAGAAUGAGGUCUCAAGGUUGGUAAAUAGCAAGUGAAAGGAGGUACAAGAUUAGAAGAGAAAUGGCGAGACAUGUACCAGAUAUCAGAGACUCAGAGGUAAUUGUAUCUCUCAGAAAAAGAGGUGAUCAUUGACUAGCACCGGAUGUAUUAAAAAGGUGAGGAUUUGGGAGUUUAAAGUGGUUCCUGGGAUUGGUGGCAGAAUCGUAUCCUCAGAGCAUCUUCCUACUGGAACUCAGUGGCUUUACAUCCGAGUAGAUAUAAACGGCUAUGCAGAAUAUAGUGUACUUGAGUACAGAUCUGCUGGGUGCACGGAAGAGUAUUAGGAGAUACGGAUUUUUUUUGCAGGAGUCAAAUCUUUUGCAUUAGGAGAUAAGGAAAUUUUGGUUCAAUGGAGAUAACAAUCAGAUUUGAAAGUUUCAUGGGAAAUUUUCAGCAAAUGCCAGGAGGAAGUGAUGAUGAAGACGAUGGUCAGGGCUGUUUCCUAUCACCCACCUUGAGGACAAGGUGGUUGUCUAAGGGGGGAAAUAUGAUAGGACCGGCAGAUUAGUAUUAUUAUAAUAAUAAUAAUAAUAAUAAUAAUAAUAAUUGAAUUAUACUGAAUAAUUGUUAUAGAGUAUAAGAAGGUACCGGGCCAGGUACUAGUUUGAUUUGGGCCGGCCUAUAAGAGAAAUAUUAUAAAUAGGAGUUGAGAGUAGAAUAAGAGUUUAUGUUACUCGAAGUGUCUCGAUCUGUUCUCUUUCUUACUUGCAAUUUCUGCCAUUGUAACUCUACGAUCUUCAUCAAAAUACUGCUAAAUUCUGUUGCGUUGAUUGAGUCUCUAUCAGAAUGACUACGCUUACUUAUAUACCUCAAAAACAUAAUUAAGAAUUUGUUUGGAGUAACUGAGUAACAUCAUUUGCUGCUUGGAUUUAGAGUGUUAAACAAAACUAAGUGUCUUAUGAAGCUGGACUUUUUUGGGGACAAAAGAUGUUCUUGAAAUAGACUCUUUUUUGGGCCGGGAGGAGAAUUAUGUUAUUAAAUAUUUGUCUAUUCAUUUGUGGGUUCUUAUGGACAUCCAUUUACACCUUGUGGAGUUAAUAUAUGUUUAAUGAAAUCAAUUUCGUUAAAUUGGUUACUUAAAAGGCUCUAGUAUUAUGGACAUCCAGUCACACCUUCUGACCUUCAUGCUGUGUUGCCUCUAGUAUUAUUUAUUAUUUUUACGAAUCACUGUUUAACAGGCUGAGAAGAAUGAGCUGCGGAAAGAGAAAAUGACACUUAAGGUAGAUAAAGAGAGAUUAGAGCAGCAGUUGAAAGCAAUGACUGCACCGCCUGCUGGUUUUGUGCCACCUCAUCCUGCUGUAUAUCAUCCCAGACCUGAUAAUGUCACAGUUUUCCCCAGUUAUGGUUACCUUCCAAUGUGGCAUUAUGCAACACCACCUGCCCGUGAUUCAUCUCAAGAUCAUAAGCUCUGGUCACCUGCUGCUUGAUUCUUUUGUAGAUUAUUAUAUGUUCUAUUGGCCUUCAAUGUUCUUGUAAAUAUUGGUAGUGCUUCCAAUUUACAAGCUGGCCUUGUCUCUAACUCCAUUCUUCUCAUUGAAGUUUGUAUAUACUAUAUUUCGUGUUCUAGAUGGAGGUUACUUUAAUUUACAAUAGUUUGGUUUUCAUCACGUCUUCAAUUUCUU